GUAUGUCAUAUGACUGUCUGCGCUCCGUUAACCUGUUUUCCUUCCAUUCGAAAACACAGACGAAGAUGGCGGAGGAGCGACAGAACCUUUUGGACGAUGAAGGGGAUACCUCGUCUUCAGGUCCCAGAAAUGAAAGCGGACCGGUCAGACCGAUGUCCGCGCUCUGUGACCCGAAACGGCUGCCUCAUCGCAUUUUCGUUCUGCUUUUUAUGUGCUUUCUGGGAUUCGGAAGUUACUUCUGUUAUGAUAACCCCGCUGCUUUGCAGACUCAAGUCAUACAGGACAUGAAGCUGAACACAUCCAUGUUCAUGCAGCUCUAUGCCUGGUACUCCUGGCCCAACGUGGUGCUCUGUUUCCUGGGGGGCUUCCUGCUCGACAGGGUCUUUGGCAUUAGGCUAGGAACGAUAAUCUUCGCCCUGUUUGUCUGCGUUGGACAGAUUAUAGUUGCUGUUGGGGCACUUCUAGAUCUAUUCUGGUUAAUGGAGGUUGGACGGUUUGUGUUUGGGAUCGGAGGUGAGUCCCUGGCUGUGGCCCAGAACACCUAUGCAGUGAACUGGUUCAAAGGGAAGGAGCUCAACCUGGUGUUUGGUCUUCAGCUCAGCAUGGCCAGGCUGGGCAGCACGGUCAACAUGAACAUCAUGGGCUGGGUGUACAACCGUGUCGCUGACCUGGUAGGCUCGACAGGACACACCACUCUGGGAGUCUCACUCAUGAUCGCUGGGGUGACCUGUAUAUUCUCUCUGGUCUGUGCUCUGGUGUUGGGCUUCCUGGACAAGCGAGCAGAGAGGAUCCUCAACAAGGAACAGGGAGGGACCGGGGAAGUGAUCAAGCUGACGGAUGUGAAAGACUUCCCUUUCCCACUGUGGCUCAUCUUCAUCAUCUGUGUGGGCUACUACGUGGCCAUCUUCCCCUUCAUCGGACUGGGACAGGUUUUCUUCAUUGAAAAGUUCAACUUCUCACCUCCUGAAGCAAGAGCAAUCAACAGUAUUGUGUACAUCAUCUCGGCCCCAGCCUCCCCCUUGUUGGGCUUCAUGGUGGACAGGAUAGGGAAGAACGUGAUCUGGGUGCUGUGUGCCGUCGUCACGACGCUCAUAGCCCACAUGAUGCUCGCCUUCACCUUCUGGAACCCCUGGAUCGCCAUGUCCCUGUUGGGUGUGUCCUACUCCCUGCUAGCCUGUGCCCUGUGGCCCAUGGUGGCCUUCGUGGUGCCAGAGCAUCAGCUGGGGACAGCCUAUGGCUUCAUGCAGUCCAUCCAGAACCUGGGCCUGGCUCUGAUCUCCAUGGCAGCAGGAUCUAUUCUGGACAACAAGGGAUACCUCUUCCUGGAGGUCUUCUUCUGCGCCUGUGUCUGCUUGGCGCUGAUUGCGGUAGUAAUGCUGUACUUUGUUGAUUAUCUACGAGGAGGAGAUCUGAACCUCUCAGCCUCUGCCAGGGCCAAACUCCUGAAGGGCUCCAAUUCAGAUUCAGAGUGAGAGGGCACACAGUCCUGGGCCUCAGUGCCAGCUGGCUGUACUGACCCAACCACAGCUGUCAAUCACCAACUAGGGGGUGUGUCUGCACUACUGACUCCUCCCACCUGCACACUGACCCAUACCUGCAUUGUAACUGACCCCUCCCAGCAACAUACUGACCAAUCGCAGCUCAGAUGCUGACCCCUCUGCUCUGACAUCACAUACGGAUUCCUCGUCUCACUGACUCCUCCCUCCAGUGGCUGUGUCAGGGCUGGCUAAUGACUGACUGGUGUUUGUGCAUGCUUUGGAACCUCAAACCUCAGCACCAAUCAUACUUUAAUGUCAGUAGAGUGGGGUACCAGAAAGCACUUUAAACAUACUUUUAAGUGUUUUAAAAAGGUUUUUAAAUGUCUGUGGAACAAGGCCCCAGGCUGAGUGACUUUUACUUCAGAGAUGUAAAGUUAUUCACCGAUUAAUGCACGUCCAGAUGAAAAAUCACCCACACUAUAAGAGGUGAAAUGGUUAGAUUUUAUUUAAAAAAUAUUUUUAAGCAUCUCUCUAAAACCAGUAUGUUAGAAAGGACUUAGAUUGUCCAUCAAUGUUAUGUAUGUUUUUUAUUCAUAUUGUUCAGAAAGGUCUACAUUUUUACUUCAACUUUUUGAUUAUCAAAACAAACAGUUGGUGUGCUUAUAACUUCUAUACGCCCAUAAAUUAAUAAUCUGUGUAAUCAUGAAGAAAAUGUCAUCUAAUUGGGAGCAGAAAACUAACCCAUCUCCUUUCCCGGCUUUUGCAUACAGUCAGGUCAUUCUGAACGGUAAUCAUAUACGCAUCAUCUAGUUUGACAGAUUUAUGCUGGAGGAUUUCAGAAUCUGCAGUGUGUUAAAUUCUUUAUAGCGCCGUUCCUUCAUUAAAUUCCUUUCUUUGCUCUUGGCUGGUCAUAGAGGCUCGUAAAACUUUACACCGUCACACCAUCAAGGCUAAGGCAGACCUUGUCAAAGUGAUAAAGGAAUUUAAAGGGAAACAUUAGAAUAACAUUGGCAAUUGGGUGGAAACCCUCGUUGCUGUACACAGUGGUGUAAAGUACUUGAGUAAAAAUCCUUUAAAGUACUACUUAAGUAGUUUUUUGGGGUAUCUAUACUUU